CAGCAGUUAUAGCGCCAGCCACCCUCCUCUUCUCCUCUUCCACCCUCCUCCUCCUGCUCCGAUCGCAUCGCCACCCGCAGCCCGCAGCCGCCUCCGCCACGCCGAGCAACGAUAUUCUGUAGACAAUGGCUGACGGUGAGGACAUCCAGCCUCUUGUUUGCGACAAUGGAACCGGAAUGGUCAAGGCUGGUUUCGCUGGAGAUGAUGCACCAAGGGCUGUUUUCCCUAGCAUAGUUGGCCGCCCUCGGCACACUGGUGUUAUGGUAGGAAUGGGACAGAAGGAUGCCUAUGUUGGUGAUGAGGCACAGUCCAAGAGAGGUAUCCUCACGCUGAAAUACCCAAUCGAGCAUGGUAUUGUGAGCAACUGGGAUGACAUGGAGAAGAUCUGGCAUCACACUUUUUACAAUGAGCUCCGUGUGGCGCCUGAGGAGCACCCUGUGUUGCUUACUGAGGCUCCUUUGAACCCAAAGGCCAACAGAGAGAAGAUGACCCAGAUUAUGUUUGAGACUUUCAAUGUUCCUGCCAUGUAUGUUGCGAUUCAGGCGGUGCUCUCCCUUUAUGCAAGUGGCCGUACUACUGGUAUUGUUCUCGACUCUGGUGAUGGUGUCAGCCACACUGUGCCCAUUUACGAAGGAUAUGCGCUUCCUCAUGCCAUUCUUCGUUUGGAUCUUGCUGGCCGGGAUCUCACGGAUUCUCUAAUGAAGAUUCUCACCGAAAGAGGCUACUCCUUCACAACCUCAGCCGAGCGGGAAAUUGUAAGGGACAUCAAGGAGAAGCUUGCAUACGUUGCCCUUGAUUAUGAACAGGAGCUGGAAACUGCCAAGAACAGUUCCUCAGUUGAGAAAAGCUACGAGCUGCCUGACGGUCAAGUAAUCACGAUUGGGGCAGAGAGGUUCAGGUGUCCUGAGGUCCUCUUCCAGCCAUCCAUGAUCGGCAUGGAGUCCUCUGGAAUCCACGAGACGACCUACAACUCCAUCAUGAAGUGUGACGUGGAUAUCAGGAAGGACCUGUAUGGCAACAUCGUGCUCAGUGGAGGCACAACUAUGUUCCCAGGUAUUGCUGACCGUAUGAGCAAGGAGAUCACCGCGCUCGCUCCGAGCAGCAUGAAGAUCAAGGUCGUUGCUCCACCUGAGAGGAAGUACAGUGUCUGGAUCGGAGGGUCCAUUCUAGCCUCACUCAGCACUUUCCAACAGGUACUAUGUGGAUAUCGAAGGACGAGUAUGAUGAAUCUGGCCCAGCAAUCGUCCACAGGAAGUGCUUCUGAUUUCCGCGAGUGCUCUGCUGUUAUCGUCUAGUCUUGGGAGUUAUCUUUGGUUCAUUCUUCUAGCUAUGUAUUGCAGAUUUGCAAGCUGUGUUUUUUUCCCAGACAUGACUACUCUUGGGAUACGCCACUUGUAUAUGUGGUGGCCCCAUGUGCAAGUGCAAGUACACUAUCUAUGUUUGUGCAUGUCACAGUGUGUGUUUGUGAGAUCAGUUGUCAAACUUGGUUGGUUGGAUUGGAUUUAUUGGAGCUUGAGCUGUAAUAGCUUAUAAGUUAUAUGUAUUAUUGCUCUGAUUGGUGAAUUAUGUCGAAUUUUUGAUUUAUUUUA